AUUGGUUGCAAAUACUUAAAAUUUUAGAUCCGUAGUUUACUUGAUUGUGACGUGUCAGGGGAUGUAAAUCUAUUUUUAAUAACAUGUUGGAUUACGUUGUUGCAUUUACAAAAGGAGGCAUUAUCCUGUGGGAUUAUAAUCCAUCUCAAACAAGUUAUACUUCUUUUAUAAACAAUCUAAUUAGAAGCUUUAUACUUGAGGAACGCAGCACCGAAUCUAAAUAUUUUGAAGAGAAAAAUCUAGCUGUUCAGUACAAACUUGAUAAUGAGUUGGAAUUGGUCUACGCAGUUGUUUUUCAAAAAGUUAUAAAGCUUACUUAUUUGGAUACAUUUCUGGAAGAAUUGCAACAGUCAUUUAAGAAAAAGUUUUCUGAACAAUUGUCACCCAGCCGAAGACUUCUCAUAGAAUAUCAUUUUAAUGACGAAUUUCAAAAUACUCUAAGACGAGUGGAGAAGUCUGCCACUAAAAUCAGUAAUGCCCCAAAACAAAUGCGUUCAUUUAAUGAAUCUACUAAAUCUAAAAAAAAUGUUGCGUCUAUGUAUGAAGACAAUACCAAUACUCAGAGUACGAAAAAAGUAGUUAUACAAGAAACUUAUAAACAACAAGACAAUUCAUUAUCUAAUCAUGAUAUGAUUAUUGAGAACCGUAAAAGAUUGAAAGAGAAAAUGAUAGCAAAGAAGAGCCCUUCAGAGCCAAAGCCUAAGGCAGCCAAUACGGAUAAAGCUGGUAAAAAACCGAGAGUGUGGGAUUUAGGAGGCAACGCUAAAGACGUUUCUAACUUGGAUAGGUCUAGAGAUCAGCAUCAAGAAGUGCAAUAUCAAAACGUACAAAGCGAUAUUGUUGGCACAAUGCAAGGCAAAAUUCAAGAUUUAGAAGUUGACAGCGAUGAUGAUACCUUAGAAACUGAAGAAAUAAAACAGCACAAUUCAAAACAUGGCACAAAAACUAGCGGUAUUUUGUCUUAUUUUAAAGGAAUUGUAGGCACAAAAAAACUUUCCAAAGACGAACUUCAGUCUGCGCUUGAAAAAAUGCGAGAUCAUUUGAUAACAAAAAAUGUGGCUGCGGAUAUUGCUCAGAAAUUAUGCGAUACUGUGGCUUUAAACUUGGAAGGAAAAUCAUUGGGAACAUUCGAUUCAAUUGCAUCGCUGGUUAAGAACUCCUUAAAUACUUCCUUGGUGCAUAUAUUAUCACCUAGAAGAAGGAUAGAUAUUAUUCGCGAUGCAUUAGAAUCAAAAAAAGAGGGUAGACCAUAUACAAUUGCAUUUUGUGGUGUAAAUGGAGUUGGAAAAUCAACAAACUUAGCAAAAAUUUGUUUCUGGUUAAUUGAAAAUGACUUCAGUGUAUUGAUUGCAGCGUGCGAUACUUUCAGGGCUGGAGCUGUGGAACAGCUUAGAACGCAUACUCGCCAUUUAAAUGCCUUGCAUCCGCCAGGAAAGCAUAGUAAUCGAACGAUGGUGCAACUCUAUGAAAAAGGGUAUGGGAAGGAUGCAGCAGGAAUUGCUAUGGAAGCUAUUAAAUAUGCUCAUGACACGUCAAUUGAUAUAGUGCUUGUCGACACAGCUGGUCGAAUGCAGGACAAUGAACCGCUUAUGAGAUCACUAUCAAAAUUGAUAAAAGUGAACGACCCUGACUUAGUCUUAUUUGUUGGUGAAGCGCUAGUUGGAAAUGAAGCUGUUGAUCAACUCGUAAAAUUUAAUCAAUCUCUAGCUGAUUACUCUUCAAACGAAAAUCCUCAUUUAAUAGAUGGCAUUGUUCUCACAAAAUUUGACACAAUCGAUGAUAAAGUGGGUGCAGCUAUAUCCAUGACGUACAUAACUGGACAACCGAUUGUAUUUGUUGGAACUGGACAAACCUAUACAGAUCUCAAAACACUCAACGUCAACGCCGUAGUACGAGCAUUAAUGAAAUAAAAGAAAAUUCUAAAUAGCUCUAGUUACAAAUGUUAAACCAUAAUUUUAUUCGUGCCUAGUUAUAAGCACUUCUAGCAGUGAUAACAUAUUAUAUGUGAAUAUAAAGAAAAUUGAAAGAAAUAAACUAAAAUAUCUUUUGUGGCUAAAUGGUAAAAUUUUAUAAA